AUGGUCUUUGGGUUUAGUAAUUUAUUGGGUUCACCUCAAGGUACCGACAAGAAACCAUCAGGUUUAGAAUUUACUCCUAUAGGAAAAGGAGGUAGAGAUGAAUCAUCAUUCCAAGUGCUUCACACAUACCCAAAAGAUUAUUCUCCUUUGUCAACCAAUCGAAGAAGAUUAUUUCAACCACUAAAAGAAACCAACAAUAUUGCUCAUUACUCUCAAGAGUCUGGAUUAUUUGAUGAUACAGUUGAUGAUUUUGAAAGAGCAUAUCCACCUCGUCACCCUAUCCCGAAAAAACAAACAAGAUCUCCAGUAACAAGACGUGAUUUAAUUGCAAUCGAUAAUGCUGGGAUUGCAGCCAAACAACUGGAAGAAACAAUCAAGGAGUUAAUACUGGACAAUUAUGGGUGGAAGAUUAAGUAUAAAGAGCUUCGUCGAUCAUUGGAAAACAUGCCUCAGUUGGAAAGUGAUGUGAGGAAAGUGAAUAUUGAAUUAAAUGAAAAGAUAAGUACAUUAAAACUUGAGAUUCAACAAUUGAAACAAUCCAACCAGGAUUAUAUAAACCACAAGGAAAACUCUGAUGCAAACAGUAUCAUAGAGGAAAAAAAUCUUGCAAUUCAACAGCUUAAUGAUGAGAUAUACAAUUUGAAGCAGAAAUUAUCAACUCAACAGGGGGCUAACAAUUCAGUGAAUGAAUAUGAAGAGAUGGUAAGAGAUCUUCAAAUAGAACGCGAAGAAUUGUAUGGUAAGAUACAUGAACUUGAAGAUUAUAUGAGUCAUGCAGAAGUUGAAUUUGAUGAGCAGGAAAAGAAAUUCCAGUUAUUGCUGGAUGAACUUUCACGUUUACAACAACUUCAAACACAAGAGGUAUCCAAGGAUGCAGUUGAACAAAUACAUCGUUUGGAUGCGAAAUUGUUAGAACUGGAAGAGAAGAAUAAAGCACUAGAGGAGAAGAAUGCAGCCCUAGAAAUGAGGAUGUCCCAGGAAACAAGAGGUUUGGAAGCAGAUAUAAUUGGAAAAUCUCAGUUGAUAGAUCGUUUGCAACGUGAACUAGGAGAUUUACAGUCCAAUGGUAGUCAUCAAGAAGAAAGGCUUCGAAAGGAGUUGAGACAAGUUCGUGAUGAAGUACAAGAAAAACAACGUCUAAUCGAAUCUAUAAGGAAAGAAGAAGAUUUAAAGAAGAAGAAAUAUGAUUAUGAAAUUCAUGAAUUGAAUAAUAAGUGCCAGAAAUUGGUGUCUGAACUUGAACUGACACAACAUAAACUUAAUAACCACAAAGAAACUCAGAAUGAGGAAUUAACUAAAUUGCGUGACAAUAAUCGACAACUUAAGACUGAAUACGAUGAUAAGGUUGUCGAAAUGAUUGACAUGGGCAAUGAUUUAGCUGAACGUCUUGUACAAAUUGAAGUUUACGAAAAAGAAUUUGAGAAAGUCAAUGCUGAAUUGAAAGAUGCUUCCAGGAAAUUAGAGGCAACCGAAAGGGAGCUUCUGUCCAUGAAAGGUGCUAACGAAAUGUUAUCAAGAGAAUUGGACCAUAUGAAAGAUAUUGCACAUCGCUAUGAUGAAUUAAGACAGAAUUAUGAUUCCUAUCAAGUGUCUAAAUCCGAUGAAAUUUCUCAAUUGAAGUUAAAGAUAAGACAACAAGAAGAUGAAUUGGUUAGAUCACAUGAGAAUAUAGACAGAUUGAAACAUUCAGUCAUGGAUAAAAGCGAAUUGCAUACGGAUAAUGUCGAGCUUGCUAAUAAGCUAGAAUCAUCAUGGAAGGAAAUUGAAGAUUUACAAUCACAACUUCAUGAUUUGAAACUUAGCAACGCUAGUAAAGAACGUGAAUUUGAGCUCGAGAUUGAUUCCAAUAUCAGAGACUUGAAUAAUAAAAUUCUAGACUUGAAAGAAGAAAACUCUAGAUUGAAACAAAAAGUCCAAGCAACAAAUUACACCAGAGAAAUUUUUGAUGACAAUGUUGAAUUGGUCGACAAGGUUAAAGAGGCAGAAUUUGCUAGGGAAAGAGCAGAAAAGAAAUUGGCUAAAUUGGAAAAUGAAGUUACCGAAUUACUUGUUGAAUUAGACUCACAACAGAAAUAUUCCUUAGAUGAUACUUACGUUGCUGAAUUGAAGAAUGAGAUUGUAAAACUUCGAAGCGCUGUCAAAAUUAGUGAUGAUUAUAUUGAAGAGCUAGAGGCUAAGACGAAGAGUGCUGAACUAGAUCAAACUAAAUUGGAAAGACUAAAUCGUGAACUUGAAUCAUCAAGCAAUUUAGUCAAAUCCCAAGAAUCAAAAAUCAAAUAUUUGGAAACAGAAUUAGAGAAAGGCGCAGCUAAGUUAUCUGAACCCUCGGUUAUUCAAGAAUAUGUGGAAUUUCAAUUAAAGACUUGUCGCGAAGAUUUGGAAAAGGCAACUAAUGAGUUACAAGCUACCGAGGAAAAGUACAGUAAACAACUCAAGUUGUUACGAGAAGAGAAACAGAUUGUGGAAACAGAUUUUAUAAAGUCAAAGUCUACGAAUACUCAAUUACAAAUCGAAUUGGAAAAUACAAAAGAGGAAUUGCAAAAAAUGACUAAAAACUGUAAACGAUUGGCCAAAAAAGUUUGUGAAAAUAUGCAAGUUAGAAAGAAGUUAGAUACUCCUGGAUGGGUGCAGUUUCUUGAAAAUGAAAGUAUUUAUUUCCAAAGAAAGUUUAUGGAAGAGUUUACUAGAAAAACUGAUUACAAGUUCUUGUAUAACUAUACCUUGCGCUCAAUUAAAAACUCAACUAAACUAUUAAAUCUUCAGGAGAAUGAUACCAACUUGGUAAAAUUAGGAAUAUAUCCAGAAUAUGUUAACCAAGCUGAAGCGCAACGUCCGAAAUUGACAUUUGCUGGUUUAGCAAAAUUUGUUUUAGCCAGUGUAAGAAUUAGAAAAAGAACAAAAGACCAUCUUGCAGCUCUACGAGAUAUUCAACGUGUUAGAAGUGAUAUAGAUGUAGCUAGAAUAAAUUUCUCAUAA